AGCUCUGCCAUCAUGUCAGUCAGCGUCCACGAGAACCGUAAAUCCCGGACUAGCACCGGCUCCAUGAACAUCUUGCUCUUUCACAAAGCUUCCCACCCGGACUGUGUCCUGUCCCACCUGAACACCCUGCGGAAGCACUGCAUGUUCACCGAUGUCACCCUUUGGGCAGGAAACAGGUCAUUCCCGUGCCACCGGGCAGUGCUGGCUGCCUCCAGCAGGUACUUCGAGGCCAUGUUUAGCAACGGCCUCCGGGAGAGCCUGGAUGAUGAGGUGAACUUCCAUGACAGCCUCCACCCAGAGGUGCUGGAGCUGCUGCUGGACUUUGCCUACUCCUCUCGGAUCAUUAUCAAUGAGGAGAACGCUGAGUCCCUCCUGGAAGCUGGAGACAUGCUGCAGUUCCAUGACGUCCGAGAUGCGGCGGCCGAGUUCCUGGAGAAGAACCUCUACCCUUCCAACUGCCUGGGCAUGAUGCUGCUCUCGGAUGCUCAUCAGUGCCGACGGCUCUACGAGCUCUCCUGGAGGAUGUGCCUGGUCAACUUUGAGACUGUUCACAAGAGUGAGGACUUCAACAACCUUUCCAAGGACACUUUGCUGGACCUCAUCUCCAGCGAUGAGCUGGAAAUUGAGGAUGAGGAAAAAGUCUUUAAGGCUGUCAUCCAGUGGGUGAAAUACGAUCUGGAUGAGCGGAAGGCUUAUCUCCCAGAGCUUCUGAGGAAUGUUCGUCUGGCUUUGCUUCCUUCUGAAUGCCUCAAGGAAGCCUUGGCUUGUGAGGACUUGAUCAUGGUGGAUGAAAGGAACAAGCUUGUCUUGGAUGAAGCUAUUCAAUGCAAGAAGAAGAUCCUCCAGAAUGAUGGAGUCGUCACCAGUCCCUGUGCCAGGCCUCGCAAAGCUGGGCACACCUUGCUGAUCCUGGGAGGACAGACUUUCAUGUGUGAUAAGAUUUACCAGGUAGACCACAAAGCAAAGGAAAUUAUCCCCAAAGCAGACCUGCCGAGUCCACGGAAGGAGUUUAGUGCCUGUGCCAUUGGCUGCAAAGUGUAUAUCACUGGAGGCAGAGGCUCAGAAAACGGGGUCUCCAAAGACGUGUGGGUGUAUGACACUGUGCACGAGGAAUGGUCCAAAGCUGCCCCGAUGUUAAUCGCUCGGUUUGGACACGGCUCGGCCGAACUGGAAAACUGCCUGUAUGUGGUUGGUGGACACACCGCAGUGGCUGGAGUCUUUCCUGCAUCUCCUUCUGUUUCCUUGAAGCAAGUGGAGAAGUACGAUCCCAUAUCCAACAAAUGGACUAUGGUGGCUCCUCUGAGAGAUGGAGUGAGCAACGCCGCGGUGGUGAGUGCCAGGCUCAAGCUUUUCGUCUUUGGUGGGACCAGCAUUCACCGGGACAUGGUGUCCAAAGUCCAGUGUUACGACCCAGCUGAGAAUCGAUGGAUGAUCAAAGCCGAAUGCCCGCAGCCCUGGCGCUACACGGCAGCCGCUGUCCUGGGCAGCCAGAUUUUCAUCAUGGGAGGGGACACGGAGUUCACGGCGGCGUCCGCGUACCGCUUUGACUGCGAGACCGACCAGUGGACACGCAUCGGGGACAUGACGGCCAAGCGCAUGUCGUGCCACGCCUUGGCCUCGGGGAAUAAACUCUACGUGGUGGGGGGUUACUUUGGCACUCAGAGGUGCAAAACGCUGGACUGCUACGACCCUACGUCAGACACGUGGAACUGUAUCACGACGGUGCCUUACUCGCUCAUCCCCACGGCUUUUGUCAGCACCUGGAAGCACUUGCCAUCAUGAUGAGGGGCAGGGCUCGGGGGCUUGUAUCCAGGAGGUCAAUAAGAUGCCAGAGUCACAUCCAGGUCCCCUCUCUUGCAGUUGGAGCCGACAACACUGUGACUGAGUCCCCUCCUGUUGUCCCACACAGGACUCCGAGGCAACUUUCACGUCCCUUCCUGGCACCAGGAGUGGGAGGCACAGCCAGACCCUACGCUGGCAUCACAUCACGGGACCGCCAAGGGCCACUCAGCCCCGCCACUGGCCAUCAUGCAGGGAUGGCACAGAGCCAGGAGCACUGGCUGCAAGGCAGGAGCUGGGCAUGAGGGGCACAGGGAUGGCUCGUGGGCACCAGUGGGCCAACAGCACCAGAGAGAUGGAGGCUGCAUCCCUCAGCAAGCACUGCUGGGCAGCCUUUAUGUGCUUUUUAUUACUCAGUUUGGGGUUUAGGAGAUAUUAAUUUUUUUUUAAAGGCAGCAAACUUGCUGUUGGCAGUGUUCGCUGCUUGGGUGACUUGGAAGUGUUUGUUAAGGGGAACAGGGGUGAGAGCACCUGGCCCUCCCCAUCCUCUGGCCGCUCGAUGGAGGCGAUGGCUGUUGAAACAUUAAAGCGUGGGAGCUUGGGGCAGCUGCCAGCAGCACCAGGUACUGCGGUGAAACAGGGCAGGUGCCUUUUGUUUUGCACUUUGGGCCUUUUAAAUUUCCCCCCCGCUCCCCGCCUUUCCUCACUGCAGCCGGUUGUGAUUUGGUUGGAGGCCGAGUAGCUCCCCACACACAGCUGCUGGGGAGAGCACAGCAGCUCUGUUAGUGUGCCAAGGCACCGGCACCGCUGCUCAGAUAUUCACCAGAUAAAGCCCACUGUGUGCUCAGAGCCGGUCUGCUGAGCUUCCCUCCGCGUGGGUGAGGGUGUAAUUAGCACAGGAGCAGAAACAGGGGUGCAGCUCGUGCCUUGGGAGGGGGGCAUCUUGCCACCAGCAAGGCCUCAGAGGGAGAGCAAGUGGAUUAGGGGAGCAUGGCAGAGUGGGCAGGGGAGGGAUCCCCCUUCUUCCCAUGGUACCCCACAUCCUGGCUUCACUUUGCAGAGAUGUGAGUGUUUCUGACUGCACGAUGCCUGCCAGUGGUUGGGCUGAGGCUGCUCCAGGUUAUCCACACAUGCUGGCUGUGGACUGUGUUUGGGAUUAUGCAUCCAAGAGCUGUCAGCCUGAGUUGCUCCUCACUCAUGCUGUGAAGGAGGGCGCAUGGAUUUGGCAUGUCAAGACAGGGAUGCAGCUCCUUACUGGCCUCUUUAGGGCUGGCCACCACCAAGGACCUGGUUCUACACCAAGCCAGCAUCCCACUGCCCUGCACAGCAGAUCUACAGAGGCUCCAGGCUUGCCUUUUGCCCCCUGGAUUAGGCUGAGCUGUAGCCUGGCCAGCUGAAUGAUGCAACGCUCUGAAAAGCCUUGACACGGCUUCAAACAAGCAAAGGUCUUUUCGGAGCAGCGGGCGGCCGUUGCUGCCGGGGAGAACACACGUUUUGCACAGCCAGUCUGCGACGCGCUGAAUGACGUUUAUUUACAUUUUCUAGUCUUUUUUUUUUUUUUUUUCCCCCCUUCCCUUCAGCUGCUUGUGAACUUUAAUAAAAAUGAUGAUCUGGGAAACCGU